GCGAAACAAAUAACAAGAAGAUUUUUGUCCAAGUGACUUUGCCGUACUCCUUCUUUUGCAGCGCUACUCGUUUAUUUUGCUUUUAGAUUUUUUUACGCUUGACGCAACCACACGAGCGUCACCAAAUCUAUCUUUCCGAAUAAGUCCUUGACCGUAACGGAUAGUCGACGCAGUGCGUCCAUUUCCACUUCAGCGGAUUGAAACACGAUUUGUUUCCUUUUGCGUGUUUUGGUGCCCGUUAGCAUCUUCGCUCGCUAGCCGCGAACGAAGAAGAGACCGCUUUAUUAUUAUUAUUUUUAUUAUUUUUAAUUUAUUCAUUUAUUUAACAUCGCAAGUUGGGGAGCGAACAUGUCUGCGAAACGCGUGAAAGAAGAAGAAUGGAAGGAGGAACUUUGUGGGGAAAAAGAGGAGAAGGAGCGACAACAACUGAACAGAACGGACGUCGGUGAGGAAGAUCUUCGCCCUGAGAAGCAGGAAGCGGCGACGCCGCACAUUAAAGACGAAGAGCAGGAGGGUGACAUCGGCAAGUCUCCACUGACUGGCGUCGCUUUGAAGAGUGAAGAAGACGACGGAGACCGCUGCGCAGGACCCCCAUCGCACAGCCUCUCGGCUCCACUCUCAGAUAGUGGCGACAUCACGUCACACUCUUCUAAUGGUGAAGAUGAUGAUGAACAACAACACUCCAAAGGUCACGCUGACAACAAAUGUGACAAAACGUUUGACGACGAGUUGUUGUUGAAAGCACACACAAGAAGCCAUACUGGAGAAAAAACUUUGACCUGCUCAGUUUGUGGUAAGAGGUUCAUUCAGAAGGGAGAUUUGACAAGACACACAAGAACACACACCGGUGAAAAACCUUUUGCCUGCUCACUUUGUGGUAAAAGAUUCUCUUCCAGCAAAUACUUAAAAUUGCACACAAGGACACACACAGGAGAAAAACCUUAUACCUGCUCCGUUUGUGGUAAACGAUUCUCAACAAAUACACAUUUAACAAGACACGCAAAAACACACACUGGAGAUAAACCAUUUGCUUGCUCCAUAUGUGGCAGAAGAUUCACUCAGAAGGUAGAUUUAACAAGACACACCAGAACACACACCGGCGAGAAACCUUUUCCCUGCUCCGUUUGUGGUAAACGAUUCACGAUGAAGAAAAAUUUAACAAUACACACGAGAAUACACACCGGCGAGAAACCUUUUGCUUGCUCGAUAUGUGGGAAAAUUUUUACUCAAAAGCCGAAUUUAAAAACGCACACAAGAACACACGCUGGAGAGAAACCAUUCAGUUGCGGCGUGUGUGAUAAAAGUUUUUUCCAGAAGCAUCAUCUUGAACGACACAAGUGUGCCGGGGUCAAUAAAUAUGCGCAAUAAACUGA